AUGGCAAAAAACCGCUCACGUCAUCGCAACUCCAAUGAUGCGAAGCCGUUGCUCCGAACAAAGCAAAAGCAAUCGUGCAAGGUCUUUAAAUCAUCCCCAUCCUCGAUCAUCCAACACCGGCAGCGAAAAUUACUACAGUACCGACCUCAGCAGCAGCUCGCUACGGGAACAACCAAUCGGCGUGGUGCGGUCGUUCCCUCAGGAUCAUCCUCGGGUUUGAGGAAACGAGUCUACUCGCCUGCACGUGCGGCUUUGAAAGCAACAGUCGCGCCACUGAUAACUGUCCCCCCUCAUGCCGAGAAAUCACCAGAACGACCUCCUCAGCGUCGACCCGUUGCAAGUCCGUCCAACCUUACUUUCAUUUCCUCAGGUUCUGGAGAAGAAGAAGAGUUGCCACCACAUGUUCAACCACAGCGAAAACAGGUCGUCAACACCAUCGAAUUAUCUGCGACCACUCAAUACCAGAAGCAUAAUGUACUACCACCACGCCGACUUCACCCUACAGGAACACCCAAGCAAAACGACGCCGAUUCGAAGGGUUCAUCGUCGGACUCAACCGAGGACUCCUCCUCGGAUUCAUCGUCGGGUUUGGGCAAAGGAAUCCAUACGCCGACAAGUUCAGUUCUGGAGACGACCCUUGCCCAGAUGAUGACGGUCAUUCAUACCCAAGACCAGGAACCAUUUGGACCCUCACCUCACCUGCAGCAUCAAUCCAGUACAACAAUAACGAACCACAUCAUUAACCUCUCCGAUUCUGAGAAAGACGAUAACCUCUCUAUCCAGCCGACUCAGACGGCAGCCAUCACCGGUUGGCCCAUCGUCUUUGUCCCAGAAUCAGAUGAUGAGAGCCACACGUCCACGCAGCUGUCCCUUCCACGUAGAGGAAGCGAUCCUGUGCAACUGACCUGUAUCAAGUCAUCUCUGGUCGACAAGCACCCCCAUCCUCCACGUCUCUCUCGUCCACGUCUCCCUCGUCCACGUCCACUUCGACUCCGCGACUCAUCGACCCGGGUGAAUGUAGCUCCUGUUGUAGAAACAUCACGGAUGGACAUCCAAGAUGAGAUCCUUGCAUCGACAGCAGAAGAAUCGGACGAUGAGUACGAUCCCAUCCAGCACAUCCCGCCCAUGAUUUCGGGUUUGAAGAGCCUGAGGAGGAGGAGGAAGAUUCCUAUGUUGGAAAAAUGUACCCAGGCCGUCCUUCAUUUCAAUCAUUCCUCUGGAACUCGGCCCAUUGCUUGUACCCCCAACACGCCUGACAUGCCAAACAACACGGCGAGCACGUCCAACACGUCCAACACAUCCAACAAACCUGUGUCGCGGCCCGCUCCGUCGAUGAACUCUGAACCAAGCGGCCAUUCGAGAAUGUGCAGGGCUGAUGGUUUGCCCUAUGUCAAGGAUUUGUCCACGAUUCGCCCUCCAGUAAUCAAAAGCGAGUGUCAUAUCAGCGAGGCACCUUUGGUCGUACCGCUUGCAGUUGCGUUAUUAAGAGACACGGCAUCGGGUAUCAUGGCGCCAAAAAUGGAGACACCAACCGAGACGCUGGCUACCAGGACAUCAUCCAUUGAGACAUGGAGUGCAGGUGCUCCUGUGGUCAAUACACCAGUCAAGGCCAAGGUUGAAAUUGAGCCUGCUGCUGUCGAUACAGUCAUGGAAACUGAUGUCACCGAGCUGUCCACGAUGGAGUUUGCCUCGAACGGGGCGUCUGCAAUGGAGGCGCCAAUUAUCGAGAUCCAUGCAGUCGUUCCAGUCCCAGCUGAGCCUACAGUUCUGAAGGCAUAUCCGCUACGAGAGCGCACUUUCCAACAGCGUAGGCCAUAUACUGCCGACAAGCGGCUUCACGCUCGACUUAACCUAGGUCGGGGGGUUUCCGUCCAGCCUUCGGGACAGUCGCCACGCAAGAAGCAUGCCGAUUUUGCCGAGCUCCAGGAAGACGAGAACGACGGUGACUAUGAAGAUGGCCAAGAGGAUCCAGACGACACUUACUUUGGACUGGAGGACAGUGUGACGGGAGAGUUGUUCCCUUCGACCCGCCCUUCUGUUGGACCAACUCCUGAUGCGGAUCUAGUAGGGGCGAUCAGCAAGAAUCUCUCUUCGAUGAAUCUUGAUGAGGAGGAUGGCCUAUCCGUCCCACGACGUCGACUUUACCGAGGCCGGGAUGGUUCAGCAGUUGGCGCGAAGGGUUAUACCAUAGAGCCGGAGGCCGAUCAAGAGGAAGGAGAUGGUGGUGGUGCCGAGACACAGGUUGUCGUCGAGAAGAAGAACAUUAGUGUUGCCAGAUAUCAUGUUCUUCCGAUGUCCUUCUACGAAAAAAACAAAUUGCCGGAUGACCUCAGCAUGUUGAAGGCGACGUAUAGAGGAGAAUCUAGCCUAAGCUCUGCGAGGAAGGCUAUUGACACGGACCAGGAAAUACUCCAGCCUGCCCAUCACGCCAAACGUUGGAUUGUGUCCGAUGGUCAAGAUGAGAAGAGACUCGACAAUGUUCUUGCCCGACUGGCACAGGAAAACAGGCAGAGGGAAGCUGAUUCAGACAGGAGCGAUCUAGACAGGAACGAUAACGACUCUGACGGCGCCAACACUAGAUCUGGCUCCGGCCCCGGCUCCAGCCGCAGCCCAAGUCCCCAACAAGGCAGUAAUGGUGGUUUCGGCCGUCGUGGUAUCGGUUUUGGAUAUGGCUUCAGCGAAGACGAAGCCAUUGAAGCCGAGGUCAGAACGGUCUCGAAUCAAAGGCAAAGGGCAUCUAAAAAGUCUUCCUCCUCGAAAAAGAUCACCAGGCAGCCUACGACUGAUCAAAAGUCCGAGAAGCGACGCGCGGAGACAUAUGUGGAUCCAUACAGGGUAGUUUCCGAGCGCAGACGUGCUGGCGGCGGCGGAAACUCAACUUUAAUGGAAAAGCAACCAUCCAAACGCCGUUCUCCUUACACUUAUGCGGACUCUCACGAGUUGAACAAGGAUCGCUUGGCCGCAUUCCUUGGUCGCAGUUCGACAUCAAUGUCAGCACUAUCGAAGAGGAAAGCUACGGAUGAUGCUGUGCUCAGGUUGCAACGCGUUCUCGAUCCUGACGCCGCCCGGGACUUCAUGUUCAACAGCCGCCUCAGAAAUAUGCGCAACUCUACCAACCGUCGCGCACAUAUUCUCAACCACCUCUCAGGGCUUCAGUAUUCGCACUCGGUCAAGCGUCUUCGUAUGUGGGAGGGCCAGGAGUCUGAAGCAGAAUCGGACUCGACGCUUCAUGACCACCAACACGCCUCGUACAGCACCGCUCAGCAUAAAGCAUUCCCAGAAGGUCCCAUUUAUGACAGCAACAACAGCCUCAGCAGUGUUGAGAACGCUCGGAUAUUUGGAGUCGGUACUCGUCGACAAAAACAUAGAGGCGGUGUUGACGGUCAAUCGCAGCAGCUUGUCGGCACCCGUGUCACCAAUGCGACCGCCGAACCUCGUCAGGUGACGUCAACUAAGUCCAUAUCGGCAUCGUCGUCAUCCCCGCAGCUGCCAGGCGUGUGGGCAAAUGCGGCGAACCUGAUGGAAUAUGGCCUUCCAGGCUACAGCACGUGGGACGCGGAGCGGACACGUAUUCGACAAGAGAGGGAGAACGCGGUCCCUCAACCUCCUCAGUACAUUACUCGGCCUAUGUAUACACUCCCUCCGCCACCACCAGCCCCCGCCCUGCCAGUGCGCUCUCGUCCAUUACAAGAGCCUGCUGCAAGUACUUCCGCCCGAGAGACCUUCUUGUUUGUCGGCUCGAAUAAUCAAGUUCAGGACUCCACCACAGCCGAGAUAGGGUUGGAAGAGUUGCCGCCGGUUCGUGAGGAUGUCCGCGCCUAUAUGGCUGAGAGCCGAUCGAGAAACAGGGAGCUUGCUGCAUACCGAAGGAAGAGACUAGCGAAGUGGGAUCGUGUUGCCUGCGGUUCUCCCAUCACGGGGAACCCGGUACGCGGCGGACUUCGUUUUUCGGAGGCAACAUAUAUCGGUGGCGGCUCGUUAUCUCAUGCUCUCAAAGCGGCGGACCUGUGGAGGCAGGGCUCUUAUUUGCCUCCGAACUCUCUCUCUUCCGUUGUUGUUCUUGGGCAGUCCUUCCCUUCCGAUUGGCCAGAGAAUCCGGUCAUGGAGAUGGAGAUGAACGCGGCCGUUUUGGAGGUGAUGGAUCGACUAUGGCGGAUCCAGAGGCUGUCGCGUCAACUUGGAUCGGAGGCUGUGGAGGAAAGUCAGACCUUGCUGGCCGAGAUUGUUCAAGCCUUGGGAGGGCUGACGACCGUCUUGAUCAACGGCAUGAACUAUCCGAUGAUGAUGGGUCGACGCCAUGUCUGGUUGCUUUUUGAAUCGAACGUCGUCGUUCCACUUCGGGAUUUGGCUGAUUCUGAGCAGAUACAAGUUGGUCAACGCUACUCGUCUCCUGCUACGGCCAGUAUCCUGUGGUUAAAGUGGGCGGUAUUUUCCUGGCAUUUCCUGCACGAGAGUGCUAUGCAGUGGGACCAUUGCGAGGGGGGUUGCAGGAUGGAUGAGGCAUGCGAUGCUCUGCUGGCGGUCCUAUUCAAGGCCGACGACGUUUCGUUUUCUGUUGCUAUUGAGCAGAUGCGAGAAGGGAUGCAGGGAUCGCGAGGCACUAUCCAUAGCCAGGACGUGAUCGAGAUCUGGAUUUGUCUCAUCCACACGCUCAACCAGUCGGCGCGAUACCACCGACUGAGGGGUUUCUGGUCUUGUUUUAACAGCCAAGUCGAUCGUGUAUGGGCAGAGGCCGAGAGGGCGAUGGUGGGAGACGAGGACGAGACGACAGGGGAGUCCAGAACGGAGCGUGCGCGGCGUUACUUUGACCUAAUGCUGGAACUGUGCCCACUGCAUCAGUAUGAGCGAAGCGGGUCAUCCUCUGCUUUGAGCAUUGUGGCGCCGGAGAACUGGGCUUUGGUUUGUUGGCUCCUGACACAUGGAUUGCUUGACCGCAGGCUGGCGGAAACAGUGGAGGGGGAGCAGCAAUGCCGGGAUGUCACAAUCUUGUGUCAUCGCCUGGUUCAGGUCUGGAAAUGGGGUCCUGGAGAAAACGCCGUGGUGUACAUUGGCCAAUAUCUCCAGUACCGACAGAACCGCGACAUGCCGACGGAAGAUGACUGCCGAUUUCCCGAGUUUCUGAACACGCUGAUUGAAACCGCAACGGUGGAUCCGGAACUGGACUGCAACAUUCCCAAAGAUGAUGAGCCCAAGCCCGAGCUCAUGUACUAUUGUGACGACGGCGUGCACCCCACCAUACCCAGGCUUCCAAGACUUUCGGUCGACUUGAGCCUCGUGGAGACGGUGCGUCCUACAGAUCGGGUGUUUGAGAUAUUCCUCAAGUUAGUCACUCUCUCGCUUCACCAGCAGGUUGAGCUCAUCGCCCAGGAACCCCCAGCAGCAGUUGAACCUCGUGACUUUGUUUUAUCGUCACAUAUGGACGAUCCCAAGCUUCGGAUGAGGGAGUCGAUGGCCGGUCUGAACAGAUAUGAGAGAUACAAGAGCUGCAGGAAGUUCAUUACAGAUAUCUUGCCCGAGACCUUGCUCAUGUUGCAGGAACCGAAUGCGAUCUGGGACCCCAUCUCAUCGGUGUGUAACUCUUGCAGCAGCGUCCUGAUUGUUGCCUUGAUGACAUCCGACUCUCUUCGACCCUCGCGCGUGCGUGAGAUAGUCGCCGUGCUGCAGGCCAAAGCUUCCGACGAUACCUCACGCCAAAUCGUCGCGCAUUCUCUCUACUAUCUCGGCACUAUCUGGCAGCGUCAAGCCGCGCUGGGGAAAAUGGCAGUGUCUCUAAGCCGUCAAGUGGACCGCAUUCUGGAUUUCUACUACACACAACUCGAGGAGAGGCUUCCGAGCAUAGAGAAGGAGGAGCAGCCGCCUGAGGAGCCCACUUAUAGGAAUCGCGUUGCCUUCCGACCUCUCGCCCCGGCCACCGGAUUCGCCGAAAUGGUUUUGAGUCUAAUGGUUCGUCUGUUGAAGUCAGAAGGAAGAUGGGAGCCUGGCGGAACCAACUAUCCGAACCUCGCAUUCUUAGAUAAGAGGCUUGCCCCGUUCAUUGAUCCUGUUAGGAAGAUCGAUUCCGUUCUGAGAUCGGCGGCGUACAUUCUGAUCGAGGAAUUUUUUGAGCACAGGAGCCUGCACAAGGAGAGAAUCACGCCCACGUCUGAGCCGGCGAUCGCACAGGCAUCCUUAUUGGAAACAAGUACGAGCGAUGAUCAACUGGAUCGGUCGGCGAUAUCUGCGGCGGUGUCUACGGAGGACGAUGAUCUCUCUUGGCUCGAUCCGUCAGCCCUUGACGACGAUUUCCUUCGCGCUUCCUUGGAUGAACCCAAAGCGACUCUGUCCAAAGCGACACUGCCAAAGCUAGUCGAGCCCGAGCCAGUGACCGUAGUUCUCCCGGAGGAUGAAGAGAUGCUGACCAGCCUUAAGGAGUGGGUGUUUCCAACUCUAUCUGCGAUGGUGAUGGAGCGGCGCGAGACCCUUCAGCGAAAGUACAUCAUGGACAAUCCUGACUGCGAGAAAUUCGAGGCUUUGACUAGACCUGCCUUGUUAGCAUUCUUUUGUCCAGCUCCCAUGCAAGGCGACAACAAGAGGAUUCAACCAGCUCAACAAGUUACCAGCGGAACGAUCCAGUCAACUCUCAAAGGCACCGGCAAGGCGCCUCAGGCAGCGCCAGGCGAUGUUGACAAGAAACUCGAACCUGCACAGCCUCACAUCGUUGUGGAGCUCUCUCGUGUUGCACUUCAGUAUCUACGCGACGUUAUUGUCGACGUUUCUGCGGUACUGCAGGAGAAAAAGUUGCUCACGAUGGACGAGAUUGAAACACUGUAUCAAUUGAAUCCUUACUCGCCUCCCGUCUUCCAGCACUGGAUCCUACAGGAUAAGCUGUCGUGGACGACCCGUAUGGCUGAGAGGUGCCCCGGGUUGCUGGCAGAGAACGAGUAUUUCUUUCUAUCCACUUGGUUCGCAACUAUCGGUGCUCCGUUCGACGAACUGAAGUUGCAAGUUCAGUUUUCAGAGGCGAUUGUGAGGCAUAGCUCGUCCUUGCCGUGUUUACCAGUCGGCAGUAUGUCACCUACCGCCAAGGUGACGUUGAGUGUAUUCAUUUUCGAUAAUAUUCCUUGGCUAGCCACCAGACCUCAGCGUCAACCUAUCGAUGCUUCUUUGGACCCUGAUGGUAUCCAAAACCUCAUUGAGGAGAUUUUUGAAGAGGAGGAGCGAUUGAAUGAGUUCAAGAGUUCAAGAUACCAAGUACUGGCUAGGGUCCUGAGCAACAUGGGCGAACAUUAUGCGACGCUCGGGCCCUUUCUCGAAAACCCCGGACCGGUUAGCAAGAUGCGCCAUGCCACCCAAGAGGUCAGGAUUUGCUACCGACAGUACCUGCUAUUGUUGUUCAGGUCACUUGCCGCGGAUUACAAGCGUUUGGAAAAGGAAAGGUCGGAGGAUGAGAAGAGUCUCCAUGCCGAGUUCAUCAGCGAUAUUUUCGGACACGCCCUCGACAAGUGCAAGCUGAUCAUGCAGGAUGACUUUGGUUUUCAGGGCUACCCAGUCUCAUUUUUGACUCAUUUGAGAGCUCAGUGUGUUGCUUCAGCCAAACCCCAGGUCCCAGACGAGAGCGAGUAA